ACUUUUUCUCCCUUAUCGGCUUCCGUAAACAGACAAAUGCGGAAGUCGUUUUCAUGAAGAAUUUGGGGUGUGUCGACCUCUUCCACAGACAGUAGUUUUCCCAGAAGUGAGGAUAACAGCAGACGUGACUGACAGCACCAUGGCAUCAUCCACCCCUCUGUCCAAGGCCAACACUUCCUUCUCUCUUGCUUUGUUCAAAAAGCUGGGAGAAAAGGACAACUCUUCCAAUGUCUUCUUCUCUCCGCUCAGCAUCUCCUCAGCUCUGGCUAUGGUGAUGCUGGGAGCCAGAGGCAACACGGCCUCGCAGAUGUCAGAGGUCCUCAGGUUCACUGAGACCAACAAGCUGAAGCAUGCAGGAGCGCAGAUGCAGCAGCAGGCCCAGGCCCAUCUGCCACAGUUCCUACAGAGGAGCCUGAAAACGCUUGAUUUACGCGAUGGUGUUCACUCAAGCUUCGCCCACCUACUGAGCGAGCUCAACAGGUCAGACGCUCCAUAUGCCCUCAGUGUCGCCAACAGGCUUUUCGGAGAGCAGUCCUACCAGUUUGUUCAGGAUUACCUGGAAGAGACCAGGAAGUACUACAAGGCAGAGCUGCAGACCAUGGACUUCAUACACAACACAGAAACAGCAAGGCUCACCAUCAACAGCUGGGUGGAGAAGGAGACACAAGGUAAAAUUAAGGAUAUUCUGGAUCAGGGUGCGGUGAAUGGUUUGACCAAGCUGGUGCUGGUCAACGCCAUCUACUUUAAAGGAAACUGGAACAAGCAGUUUAAUGAGAGCGCCACACGAGACGCUUCAUUCAGAAUCAACAAGAAUUCAUCCAAGCAGGUGAAGAUGAUGCACCAGAAGUCCAAGUUCCCUCUGACUUACAUCUCUGAGGCCGCCUGCCAGGUCCUGGAGAUGCCUUACAAAGGGAAGGAGCUGAGCAUGCUUAUCUUCUUACCUAAUAACAUAGAGGACAGUACAACUGGUCUGGAGAAGCUGGAGAGCGUGCUGUCAUACGAGAACUUUGUGGAGUGGACUCGCCCGGACAUGAUGGAUGAAGUUGAGGUCCAAGUGGGCCUGCCUCGAUUUAAGAUGGAGGAGAAGUACGACAUGAAGGCCGUCCUGAUGAGCAUGGGCAUGGUGGAUGCCUUUGACAUGGGAAAGAGCGACUUCUCAGGCAUGUCUCCUGCCAACGACUUGUUUGUGUCAGAAGUUUACCACAAAGCCUUUGUUGAGGUCAACGAGGAAGGAACUGAGGCUGCUGCUGCCACUGCAGCUGUCAUGAUGCUGCGUUGUGCCCUACGCCCGGCCGCCUUCAUCGCAGACCACCCCUUCCUCUUCUUCAUCCGACACAACCCCUCCAACAGUGUUCUGUUUGCUGGUCGUUACUGCUCACCUGAGUGAUCAGCACGUCGCUUAGGGCAGGAAGGAGGUUACUGUGUCAGCAAUAGAAUAACUAGAGGUCGUCUAGACUUCCCUUUUGCUAAACACACCCACGUAAAAGCUGAUGAGGAAAACCUGUAGAUGGAUGUCUCAGAACAUCUUGCUUGUACCACUUCUAACAUAAUCACUGAGUGUAUCACGUGCCUUGCUUAAAAUGAACACCUGAUAUCAUGUUAGUGGGAUUUUAUCUAUGUCUGUAAUGUAUGUACGGCCCUAUAUGCUGCUACCUGAUACCCCAGGUUCUGUAUUUUCGUUCAAUUCAUCUACGCAUCAGUUCAUUUGCCUCUAAAAUAGAUGAAGUUAUUUCCACUGCUGUUUCACCAUUAAGAGAAUGAAAGAUCCGUUACUUAGUGCAAAUGACGGGAAGCUUUGCUGGCACUGGGUCUGAGUCCGCGUAACGCCUCCUGCUUUUACACAUGGAAUAAAAGUGUGUAGUUUG